AGUGUUGCAUAGAAAAGCAAAAACGCCAUUCAUGGAUUCUUUCACAGCCACAAGUCUUGGAGAUUCAUGUGGGCCCCAACAGAAUCAAAACCAAAACGUCAUUAGUCGUUUAUUACCAUUACCAAAUACCAACCUCUCUCUCACUUGUCUGAACCAGAACAACAAAAAAUGGAGCCUCUCUGCCCCAAUCUCGACCUCAAACCUUUCCACUUGUCGCCGAUUUCGACGAACAUUUCGCCUCUCUUCUAUUCGCAUCGAUAUCGGAGCUCAAAUCGCCGUUUGAGCUGCUUGAAACGGAGGGUUUCUUUGCAAAGGGACGACUCUUCCAGUAAGUCAGAGGAAUUGCAGUUUUCCGGCAAGGAAUGGCUGAGAUCGGUCGGGAAAGGAAUCUUCGGAUUCGCCGCCACUUCAGCGGCUCUCUUCUCGGUUUUCUGCGAUUCUCCGGCUCUUUCGGAGUCCCUCACCGUUGCUUUUCCAGUUUCUCGAGCUCCUGAGGUGAAUAAAGUUCAACGGACUCUUGUGGAGGCUUGGGGAUUGAUUAGAGAGACAUUUGUUGACCCCACGUUUAAUCAUCAAGAUUGGGAUCUAAAGUUGCAGCAGACAAUGGUGGAAAUCUUUCCCCUUAACUCGGCUGAUGCAGCAUAUAACAAAAUCAGUGCAAUGCUUUCCACUCUUGGAGACCCCUUUACUCGGAUUAUCAGUCCCAAGGAAUAUCAAAGUUUUACAAUUGCAAGUGAUGGAAAUCUGCAGGGCGUCGGCCUUUUCAUAUCCGUCGAACCUAACACGGGCCAUCUGGUUGUUUUGUCCAGGGUAGAGGGCAGCCCGGCAGCUCGUGCUGGUAUACAAGAUGGAGAUGAGUUGGUGGAAAUAAAUGGAGAGAAGCUUGAUGGUGUUGACAGUGAAUCAGCUGCACAGAAGCUUAGAGGUCAUGCUGGAACUACUGUCACAGUAAAAGUUCAAAGUGGAACAAAUUUCUCCAGAAGUGAAUCUCCUAUAAGAGAGGUCAAACUAUCACGUGAGAACAUUAAAUUCUCCCCUAUAUCUAGUGCCAUUAUCACUCACAAAACCCCAGAUGGAUACCUAACAAAGACCGGUUACGUGAAGCUGUCAGAAUUUUCUCAGACUGCUGCCCCUGAUAUGGAAAAUGCUAUUCGUGAAUUGGAAAGUCAGGGUGUGAACUCAUACAUACUGGAUUUGCGGAAUAACCCAGGAGGGCUGGUAAAAGCAGGACUUGAUGUUGCCCAAAUAUGGUUAGAUGGGGAUGAAACCCUGGUCAACACCGUUGAUCGAGAAGGGAAUAUGCAACCAAUUAAUAUCGUUGACGGGCAUGCUAUGACACAUGACCCACUUGUUGUCCUUGUGAAUGAGGGAAGCGCAAGCGCAAGUGAGAUCUUGGCCGGGGCUCUACAUGACAACGGCAGAGCUAUUCUCGUGGGGCACAAAACUUUUGGGAAAGGAAGAAUUCAGACCGUCACAGAGCUGCAUGAUGGGUCGGCAUUGUUUGUUACCGUGGCAAAGUACCUGUCGCCAGCGCUUCACGACAUAGACAAGGUUGGCAUUGCACCUGAUGUGCAGUGCACCACAGAAAUGCUCACUUCUCCCAAGGAAUCAAUCUUAAAGAACAAUAGCUCCGCCUCAUCAUUGGAAGCAGAUUCCUGUAUUUUAGUAGCAGAACAUGAAUUGGACGUCCAAGAGUCCAAAGGAACUGCUUCUUGAAUGAUAGUAUCGGUGCAGUCACUGGACUUUGUAGCAUAGAAUUUGAAGGUGUAGAGAUUUUUAGUACACUGUAGAUAUUAUUUAUGUAAAUAAUUGGACAGAAGUACAUACUUUAUACAGAUGAUGUACAAAAAUUGAUCUUCAAUUGUAUUCCUAAAUCACUCUUAUGUGAUUUAGAUGUAACAGCUUCAUGGUGCAUAAGUGGAUCAUUCAGUCUUUGAUA